CGACCUGCAUUUUGUCUGUUGGAAUAAGUUUUCAGUCUCUGGGAAGCUCCCAAAUCCUUUGUGCGAGUUAAACAGUUUGACUUGUCUUGGCUCGUCUAACAAGUCAAAUAAACAAGUUGACUCAUACUUACAACUGACAGGGCGAUGGGUUAUUUUAAAAUAGGAGCCUCAUUUAUAUAACCGGUUUGGUGCUGAUGAAUUUGAAGAUCAAGAAUCAAUAAUUUAUUGUGAUGUUGCACUGUAGAGUUUCCCUAUUAUCUGAUCGUACAGAAUAAUUUGCAUUGGUUUGGAGAUACAUUUUUUUUCGUGCAUCUGCUCUCUGUUCAACAUGGUCUCACGGUCAAGAUGACCUCUCUCUCUAUUGGCUGCCUCAGUGGAAACUCUGACACAAAGCACCCCAGAUUUUUAAGCUGCCAAGCCACAACCUGUGUGGACUCCCAGAGCUGAGGUUCACUAAAAAGGAUCAGAAACUUGGAGGAAGAACAAUCGCAGGCUACCCCUUUUAUAAUUGCAACACUUGAUUUUAAGUGCAACCAGGAAACAACAGCCGUACUCUUCAAAAUUAACUUUUCAACUGCCACAUUCAAAGAUGGCUGCCACCAUGGAAGUAGCAGAUAUCGUCGUUGUGGCAAUCUACUUCAUCCUGGUGCUGGCGAUUGGCUUCAUGGCCAUGAGGAAAUCCAAUCACAACACGGUGAACGGCUACUUCCUCGCCGGGCGCUCCAUGAAUUGGGCAGUCAUCGGAGCUUCCCUGUUUGUCAGCAACAUAGGAAGCGAGCACUUCAUUGGACUUGCUGGAUCCGGUGCGACUAGCGGGCUAAGCGUUGCUGCAUGGGAGUUAAAUGCCCUGUUAUUGCUCCAAUUGUUGGGCUGGCUGUUCAUCCCUGUCUAUAUUCAGGCGGGGGUUUUCACCAUGCCAGAUUAUCUGUCCAAACGCUACGGAGGGACGCGACUGAAGGUGUAUUUUGCAGCUUUGUCUCUCAUCCUCUACAUCUUCACCAAGCUGUCCGUGGACCUCUAUGCCGGAGCCUUGUUUAUCCAGGAAUCUCUGGGGUGGAACCUCUACUUGUCAAUCAUCCUGCUCAUCACCAUGACUGCCGUGCUGACAGUCACUGGAGGGUUGGUUGCCGUCAUCUACACGGAUACAGUCCAGGCAUUCCUCAUGAUCACCGGAGCUCUGUGUCUCACCGGCAUCAGCCUCGUCAAAGUGGGAGGACUUGAAGGGGUAUGGACCAAGUACAUGCAGGCGUCGCCAAACAUCACAGCCAUCUUGCUGUCUUCACCCAAUCUGACGUAUUCGGAAUCCUGCCACCACCACCUCAGCCCAAAACCAGAUGCGUUGAGGAUCCUUCGAGGACCAAGAGAUCCAGAUCUGCCUUGGCCUGGGUUUUUGCUGGGCCAGACUCCUGCCUCCAUCUGGUACUGGUGCACAGAUCAAGUGGUUGUACAGCGGGUUCUGGCAGCCAAGAACAUCGCCCACGCCAAAGGUUCGACCAUCUUUGCCGGCUUCCUGAAAAUCCUGCCGAUGUUCGUCAUAGUCAUCCCAGGGAUGAUUUCCAGGAUCUUCUUUGCUGAUGAGUUGGCUUGUAUCAGUCCAGAGCACUGCUUGGAAGUGUGCGGAUCUGAGGCCGGCUGUAGCAACGUUGCUUACCCGCGGCUCGUCAUGUCGGUGAUGCCCGUCGGCCUCCGCGGCCUGAUGAUGGCUGUCAUGAUCGCGGCUCUGAUGAGCGACUUGGACUCCAUCUUCAACUCAGCGAGCACCAUAUUCACGCUGGAUAUCUACAAGAUGCUGCGGAAGAAGGCGUCAUCGAGGGAGCUGGUGAUGGUUGGAAGACUGUUUGUGGUGGCCAUGGUGAUCAUCAGCAUUGCGUGGGUACCCGUCAUCAUCGAGAUGCAGGGAGGCCAGAUGUUCUAUUACAUCCAAGAAGUAACAGAUUACCUGACUCCACCUGUAGCUGCUCUGUUCCUGCUUGGAGUCCUGUGGCGUCGCUGCAACGAGAGGGGGGCCUUCUGGGGGGGAAUAGUGGGGUUCACCGUCGGAGCGCUGCGCCUGGUGCUCGCACUUGUUUACCGCGAGCCACUCUGCGACCAGCCUGACGAGCGGCCGUCCUUCAUCAAAGAUGUCCACUUCAUGUAUGUAGCGGUCCUCUUGUUUUGGGGGUCAGCUCUAGUGGCUGUUGUCGUGAGUCUCUGCACCGCUCCACCCACACAGGAACAAAUCAGAACAACUACUCUGUGGGGGUUGAACAAGAGAAAGAAGCUAAAACAGCAAGAAAAAGAAAAGGCUGAAGAUGAAAUCCAUGCUUUGAAGCCUCUUUACCUCAAUGGAGACAGUGUUCUUGGUAAAGAAAAGUGCACAGACAACCUUAACAAGCACAAUAGCAUUGAAACCAAUCAUGUAAAUGCUGAAUCCCCUACUAUCAAUGCUACUAACAUAGAAACCCACCAUCCAAUCCAGAAUGGUUGCUAUACAGUGGUAACUGAACCCAAAAUGGCAGAAGGAGAUGGAAGAGGAGGGGGGAAUGAGGAGGAAGCGGAAGAGGGGGGCUGCUUUGAAGCAGGAGGAGCGGAGCCUGGGAGGUGGAUGAGGGUUUUAGAGUGUGUGUGUUGCUUCAAGGAGAAGGGACCUGGAGAUCAAGUCGUUUCAGCUGAGGAACAGGAGAGGCUGGUGGAUGAGCUUCUCCAUGAACCUUGGCGAACUACAAUCAUCCUGAACAUAGGGAUGGUGGCUAUUUGCUCUGUGGCCAUUUUCUUGUUUAUCUACUUCUCCUUAUAGGCUCCAUUAACUCCGAACCGUGGGCCUUGGUAAUGAAAUACUUUCACACAUUAGCAAAAGACCCAGGAAAGCUUGAGCUCCACACAUUCUCCUGUGAUUUAUCAUGUACUUCAUCAAUAUUAAUAAUCACACUAUCAAGCCUUUGCCUGGCAAAACGAUACGUGUGUCUUCCAAGCAGUGCAAGGCAACUGCUGAGGUAGAGGUAACCUAAGGGGUUUGUUUAUAUGAACGGUGCUUUGCUUACUGGCAGCUGCUCAGCCAGUGAUGUUGGUGCUCGGCCUGCUUUUCUCAGCCUAACAACUAGUGCUAAUAACCUUCAAUAGUUCUGGCUACGUUUUACAGUUUUGUGCAGGGAAUUACUGAACGCACAAAUUUGGGAUUUCAAACCUCUCUUUAUUGGACGUGGAAUGAAACCAGUGAGUGCUGUAAGCUCACGUUAGAAUGUAAAUGCUGUCGUUGCGGGUAGUGUGAACUAUCCUAAGCACAGAUUGGGAUGCAUGGAUGGUUUUAUGUGUAAUUUUUCUCCAGACAGGAAUAAAGAUAUUUUUGGUAAAUGUGACUCACUGCAUUUGGAACAGUUCAAAUUCCAAAUGAAUUUAUGAUUAACUGUGACUUAGUAUAUUCUUCUGUUUUGUACAGAUAUAAUUAAAUGCUCUUGGAUUUGUCCCCAUGGGGAUAUUUUCACGUUAAGGAAAUUCAUAGUGAAUGUAAUUUUGCCUGUUUCAUUUUAAUUUUUUUUAAUUUUGUUUAAUUUUUGCUCAUCAUAUUGUGAUUUAUUUUUAUAAAUUGUUCAUGUUUUGUAUUUGAAAGAGCAGUAAUUUUCAACUGGACAUCAACUAUUUGAGAUGUUAUCUUUUUAUUAUAGCCAAUGAAUGAUGUGUUCUACAUGUGUUGGUGUUCAAACUGAUGAAAGGUGAUGCAGUGUUUCCUGAACUGCACAUAAUCAGCAUAUAAUGUGAUCUUGUCAUGUUUUUUCUACUCUUUGUACAACUCGAGCACUGCCUUCCACUCAAAUAGUUUUUAAGAAUUCAAAGGUGAAUUCCGAUGUUAUUUUGUAAGAAAUGUUUUUAAGCUGUGGAAAUGAAACAACCUAUUAAAUAACCUCAGUGGUGGUUCAGAAUCAACUCUUGGAAAAGAAGGGCCGAGGAUAUACACUACAAAAAGUCACAUAAUAAUAAAUUCUAUGCAAUUGAAAUUGACGGUAAUUUCUGAAUGUGACAGUGGGGGAUUUGCUCAGGAAUAAUCUGAGGUGCCAGUUCACAUGUGUCUUCAUGCAUUUGUUGGUAGAGUUUUUAAACCUUCCAUUUUGCACAAUUUAAAAAUAAAAGGUUGGAACUAC